UGCUUGCUCUCCUUCACCUCGCCUACCUACGUACACCUCCGACUACCCACCCUCCUUCCCGCGUGCGUGCGAUCGGCGUUGCGGUGCUACUGUUUAGCAAAAGACACACAAUGGCCGACAAGGACUUCACGUACUCGGACGUGUCGGAGCACGCGACGAAGAAGGAUCUGUUCGUCGUCAUCCACGAUAAGGUGUACAAUGCGUCGAGUUUUAUCGACGAGCAUCCGGGAGGCGAGGAAGUGCUCCUCGACGUAGGCGGGCAGGACGCAACGGAAGCCUUCGAGGACGUCGGCCACAGCGACGAGGCGCGCGAGAUCCUCGAGGGUCUGCUUGUGGGCAAGCUGAAGCGAAAGGAAGGCGACCCCCAGCCCAAGACAUACUCGGCGGCGGGCUCCUCGACCGCGACUACCGACGGCGCGUCCGCUGGCGUCGGCCUCUACGCCAUCAUCCUCAUCGGCGGCAUCCUCGCCUUCGGCGCCUACAAGUACCUGCAGAGCCAGCAGGAGGGGGGCCAGUGAGAUGGGAUGUCGUGAGAGGGUGGAUCGUCAGGUCAGGUUAGGAUGGGUUGGCAUACACAGUAUAAUGGUACGGUGGAGGGAGAACCACAUUCCAGCAGCCUUGCAAGCCAAUAUCGAAAGGCGAGCGGAGGUGGAGAGCAUAGGGAAAUGACAAGGCAUCAUGUGGACGAUGAUGGAUCAUUGCAGCCGAUGUCCUCUUUUCUUCCUCUUCUUCUUCGAGGACAUUGGCUAGAGAUUUGGAGUUUCAUCUAGUACAUGGCCAUACUUGCGCCCCGGCAUCUUUGCUGCGGUCAUUUGCCCUUAUUUACUACCUUGCAAUAGACCGACGACCCACCAUUUGCACAGUAUUUUCCCUGCACUCGAGGGUACCUCGGCCGAGCUCCUUCGCACGAACACAGCCACGCCAAGACUCAUACCGACCGGCACAAACAUGUCCCACCUACAAA